GGCAAUACGGACACCAACCAACGAAACCAUUCGUAAUCUUUAAGUGCCUCUUUGUAACAUUUAUAUUGGAAAGAUGUCAGUGCUAUUCUCUCCCCACCCUAAUACAUGGGAGGCCUUCAAAUAUCAUUGGCUGCUCUGGAAAUGGUGUGGCCUACAACCCCCAUCACGUGACUCCAAAUGGUUCAGACCUUAUCUGGCCUAUGCCAUUAUCUUCAAUUUGACCACCAUUCUAUUUCCCCUCAGUUUGGUAUUGGAUCUGACUCUCUCCCAAAAUCUCACGGAAAUUUUUCAAAAUCUCUAUGUCACUGUGACAGUUGUGUUUUCAAGUCUGAAAUUCGUUAAUGUUUUUCUGAUACGUCGCAAAUUGCUGGAGGUUCGUUUCCUGCUGGAACGUUUAGAUGUUCGAGCCAACACCGAGGAACAACAGCAGGAAUUGAAGAAUGGCAUUGCCAUGGCCCAUAAAUGCUUCAUGAUUUUCCUGCGUUUGUAUGUAUGCGCCAUAACCACAAGCCAAUUGGUGGUGUAUUUUUCCAGUGAGCGGGUCCUUAUGUAUCCUUCAUGGCUGCCAUGGGAUUGGAGAGAAUCGAAGAGGUAUUUCCUCUUCGCCAUUUGUUUUCAAAUCUAUGCAGUGUCUGCACAGCUAAGUCAAAAUCUUGGUAAUGACACCUAUCCUCAGGCCUAUAUUGUUAUCCUGAUUGCCCAUAUUCGUGCCUUGGCUUUGAGAAUUAAACAUUUGGGAGUUGUGUCGACAUCUGUACCAGCGCCAGAGGGGAAGUUAUCCCAGGAGGAUUUUUAUCGCGAGUUGCGUCAAUGCGUUAAGGAUCAUGAACAUGUACAUGAACUUUACCUUACUAUCCAGGAGUGCCUGUCAACCACGUGCCUUGCUCAAUUCAUUGCCACUGGUUUGGCUCAGUGCAUCAUUGGCGUUUAUAUUCUCUAUGUCGGCGAUGAUUUCUCCCGCCUUCUAAAUAGUUUGGUUUUCUUUGGUGCGGUGACAAUUGAAAUUUUGGUUCUCUGCUAUUUCGGCGAUUUGUAUUGUCAGGCCAAUGAAUUUUUAAUCGAUGCCAUUUACGCCACAAAUUGGAUGGACCGCGAUGGGAGAUUUAAAAAAGCCUUGUUGUUGGUAUUGCAGCGCGCCCAGGUGACGAAUUGUUUGAAGGCUGGCAAUUUGACACCGGUCAUGUUGCCCACAUUUGUGACGAUUAUGAAAACUGCCUAUUCAGUUUUUACGGUUUUGAAUAAGGUGAAUUAAUUGGCUUUACUCGAAGCUAUACAAUUUGGAGAUGCGAAGAUAAAUUAAAUUGGAUUAAAUCGUAUUGUUUAAAUCGAUGAAACAAUUAAUUUCUUAACGAAUUAAAAUCAUUUCAAUUCCCCUAAAAUUGUGUCAAAAAUUUGUGAAUCAUUGAAAAGUAGGGCCAUAAAAGAGGCUAUGCUUGAAAAGCAGAUUUAUUGUCCUUUAGAAAUAUUCUGAAAAUACCCUCGCUACUUUUGCUUCACAUAAAAUUGAGAACAACAUUUAACCGCAACUGUAAAUAUUUAAUGCAAACGACCUUUUCAAAUGCCAUUUUAAUUUGGAAUGGAAAAUUUAUGGGAAUGCGGAACAUUUAUGGGAAUAAUCACAACAAUGAUUGGAAUUUUUCUACCCUCCACCAUACAUAGUAUGGGGGGUAUAUUAAGGCCGUCAUUCCGUUUGUAACUCAACGAGAUAAUAAUUUUAGACCCAACAAGGUUUAUAUACAGGGAGAGACAAAAAAACUGCAACAAAGUCAAAUGCCAUAAUUUUUAUGACCUUAAACCGGCCAAUGAAACCGUCACACACUGCCCGAAUUUUGCUCUGCGGUAUUUUGGCCCAUUCCCGGUGAAGCGUAGCAUCCAUUACGAACUUCAAAUACGACAUCUCAAAAUUUCGGUGAGUAUUGUACGUAAAAUCGCCAAAAUACCGAAUAAAGGAAGGUACUGAUAUAUGGGGCCUAUACGAAGACCUGGACCUACAUAGACAAUUUUCUGUCACAUACUGUAGGUUCUAUUACGAAAUCUAAAUACGUAAUUUGAAACUACUCCAGUGAAUAAUGACGCUAAAAUCAUCAAAAUACCGAAUAUUUGAAGGUAUCGUUAUAUGGGGCCUAUACGAAAACCUGGACCUGCAUAGACAGUUUUCUGUCGUAGGCUGUAGUAUCCAUUUUGAACUUCAAAUACCAAAUUUGAAACAAUUCCGGUAAACAAUGUCGCUAAAAUUAUCAAAAUACCGAAUAUCGGGAGGUACCGUUGUAUGGGGGCUAUAUGAAGAAGUGGACCAGCACAGACAAUUUUUUGUCACAGACUGUAGUUCCCAUUACGAACUCGGUGAAUAAUGACACUAAGAUGAUCAAAAUACCGAAUAUCGAGGGGUAUCAUUAAAUGGGGGCUAUACGAAGACGUGGACCUACAUGGCCCAUUUUCUGCCUUAUGCUGUAGUAUCUAUUACGAACUUCAAAUACUUAAUUUGAAACAAUUCCGGUAAAUAAUGUCGCUAAAAUCAACAAAAUACCGAGUAUUGGGAGGAACAGUUAUAUGGGGGCUUCAUUUCGUUCGGAAGCUACAGUGAUUUCCACAGACGGACGGACAUUGCUAAGUCGACAUAGAAUUUUAUGCUGAUCAAGAAUAUAUAUACUUUGUGGGGUCUAAAAUGUAUAUUUCGAGGUGCUACAAACGGAAUGACAAAUAUAGCCUCCAUACUAUGGUGGAGGGUAUAAAAAUGUAAAAAUUAUGGCGUUUGACUUUGUUGCAGAUUUUUUUAUCUCAUCCUGUAAUUGUCCUUAACUACCCUCGAUUGGAUGCCUACUUUUAAAAUUGUCCUAAAAUAUCUACAGGGUUAUGGAGUGUUUAGUCUACGAAGAUAGUUUUUAAUCUAUUAAAGUUUUCUUAUACACCCCUGUCUGCAGUGUCCCAAACUUGUCCAUAAAUAUCCGUGCCUGUAGUCUCCAAAAAUAUUUCAUAAACACCGAAAAACCCUAACCAUGCCAUUAAUCUCCAGAAAUAUUCCUCAAAAACCCCAAAAAAUAUUCAGCAUUGACACACGCCUAGAGUUUCCAAAAAUAUUCCUCAUUAAAUCACGCCUAUAGUCUCCAACGUCUAUAUUCUCAAAAAAAAAAAAAAAAAGUCUCCAAAAAACAGUCCUUAAAUACCCACACCCAUAGUCUCCACGUCUAUAUUCUCCAAAAACAGUCCUUAAAUACCAACACCUUUAGUCUCCACGUCUAUAUUCUCCAAAACAGCCUUUAAAUACCAAUGCCUAUAGUCUCCAAAAAACAGUCCUUAAGUACCCACGCCUAUAGUCUCCAAAACAGCAUUUAAAUACCAAUGCCUAUAGUCUCCAAAAAACAGUCCUUAAAUACCCACGCCUAUAGUCUCCAAAACAGCCUUUAAAUUCCAAUGCCUAUAGUCGCCAAAAAACAGUCCUUAAAUACCCACGCCUAUAGUCUCCAAAACAGCCUUUAAAUACCAAUGCCUAUAGUCUCCAAAAAACAGUCCUUAAAUACCCACGCCUAUAGUCUCCAAAACAGCCUUUAAAUACCAAUGCCUAUAGCCUCAAAAAAACAGUCCUUAAAUACACACGCCUAUAUUCUCCAAAAAACAGUCCUUAAAUACCCACUCCUUUAUUCUCCAAAAAACAGUCCUUAAAUACCCACGCCUAUAGUCUCGAAAAACAGUAUUUAAAUACUCACACCUAUAGUCUCCAACAACUGUCUUUAAAUACCCACACAUAUGUCUCCAAAAACAGACUUGAAAUACCCACACCUAUAGUCUCAAAAAAAAAAAAAUAUUUAAAUAUCACGCCUAUAGUCUCCAAAAACAGUAUUUAAAUACCCACGCCCAUAGUCUCCAAAACCAGUCUUUAAAUACCCACGCCUAUAGUCUCCAAAAACAGUUUUUAAAUACCCAUACCUAUAGUCUCCAAAACAGUUCUUAAACACCCACGCCUAUAGUUUCCAAAUAUAUAAAAAAUAUGUUAAAAUACCAUUGCCUUUAGUCUCCAAAAAUAAUUUUUAAAUACGCAAGUCUAUAGUCUCCAAAAGUGCUACAACGGAUAUAGUCUCCAAAAACUGUUCUAAAACACCCACACUUAUGGCGCUUUCAGUAUCUAAAAAUAGUUCGAAAAGAAACUUCGUGAAUGAGCGACCGCAAAAAAAACGUAAAUAAAUCUUGCAAUUUUGUUUUCAUUCUUUGGAUUUGAAUUCGUGAUAUCCAAAUGCACUGCCACGCUGAUAAGAGAAAACCAAAACUAAACUUUGCAACAAAUCGUUCUUCAAAACCAAACCCACAUAAUUUUCGUUGGGCGAUUAGCUUUACUCCCUCUUCGGCGGGCGAUUAGUUUUGUUUUCAAUUCGAAAAAA